AUGGCGUGGAGUCACCUUGACAUCACCAAGCCGCACUUGGUGUAUGUCAUCCUCGGCGGCUUCACCUCCAUCUUCAUGCUGUGCUCCUCCCUCAUCAAGGAGCGCAUGUACAUUGGUGAAGCCACCGUCGCGACCCUUGUCGGCGUCAUCUUCGGCCCCCAUGCCGCCAACCUCAUCAACCCGAACGAGUGGGGGAGCACCGACAUCAUCACCGUCGAGUUCUCCCGCAUCGUCCUCGUCGUCCAGUGUUUCGCCGUCGGUGUCGAAUUGCCCAAGUUCUACAUGGAGAGGCACUGGCGCUCCGUCGUCUACCUGCUCAUCCCCGUCAUGACCUUUGGCUGGCUGAUUGUCAGUCUGUUCAUUUGGUGGAUGAUCCCGCCCCUGAACUGGCUCGAGAGUCUCGUUGUUGCUGCCUGCGUUACCGCCACUGAUCCUGUCCUGGCUUCGUCCGUCGUCGGAAAGGGCAAGUUCGCUAAGCGAGUGCCCAAGCAUCUGAGAGACUUGCUUUCGGCCGAAUCUGGUUGCAACGACGGCAUGGCUUUCCCCUUCAUUUACCUCUCGCUCUAUCUUAUCCAGUAUAACCGAGACGCAAAAGAUGUCAGCUUCUACUUUGUCGUCUAUGUCCUGCUCUACGAGUGUAUUUUCGGCGCCAUUUACGGCUUCAUGGUCGGUUAUAUUGCCCGCCACAGUAUCAAAUACGCAGAAAGGCAUGAUCUCAUUGACCGCGAGAGCUUUCUUGUAUUCUACUUUGUCAUUGCCCUCUUCUGUGCUGGCUCUGGUAGUAUCUUGGGCAUGGACGACCUGCUGGUGGGUUUCGCUGCGGGUGUCGGUUUCUCCAAUGACGGUUGGUUCGGCGAGAAGACUGAAGAAUCCCAUGUUUCCAACGUUAUUGAUUUGUUGCUGAACUUGGCAUACUUUGUCUACUUUGGUACCAUUAUCCCCUGGGAGCAGUUCAACAAUGGUGUCGAGGGCCUCAAGGCUUGGCGCUUGGUUGUCAUUGCCGUCUUUGUCAUCUUCUUCCGACGCAUUCCCGUCAUGAUGGCUCUGAAACCUCUGAUACCGGACAUAAAAACCUGGCGAGAGGCCUUGUUUGCAGGUCAUUUCGGUCCAAUUGGUGUCGGUGCCAUCUUCGUUGCCAUGCUUGCGCGAGCCGAAUUGGAACAUCACGAGCCAGUGCCAAUGGAGGAAAUGCCUCCUGAGAGCGCCGCCCACUACACCUUGAUAUACCUAGUGUGGCCCAUCACCGCCUUCCUCGUUGUCACGUCAAUUCUUGUUCACGGUUCAUCCGUUGCUGUCUUCACCCUCGGCAAGCGUAUCAACACCUUGACCCUGACCAUGUCCUACACGGCCGCUCCUGAGGACGGCCCGUCCUGGAUGAACAGGCUUCCCAGAAUCACUUCGCAGUCACGCUCACAGGCUAGGAUGUCUGAGACGUCAUUUGAGGAAUACAAGAACCCGGCGUACCCCCCUGGUACUGUGCCCCCAUCUGGUUACCUGCUGCGACGACAACAGAAUGAAGAAGAGAAGGCCUCGGGAAGCCGCCCUUCCUCCAUCAUGGCGCGAAAGCGGAAGACCAAGAAGUGGGAUGAUGGAAUCGGGCCUGGCGGCCCCGUUGCCCAGUCUGCCAUUUUCCCGCAACGCCCAGCUGCAUUGGACGCGACGCAAUCUGGCGAAACUAGCGAGAAGGAAGUCUCACCAUCUCGCGAUAACACCGACUCGACACUGGCUCCCCAAGAUAGUCUCAAGUCCAAGGAUCCCGAGAAGGUUGAGGAUGAGUUUGGAGAAAGCCCUAGCGGUAGCAGCGGGCGCGUAACUCCUAGACGCAUCGAGGUUUAUGACGAAGGCGACAACAUGAUAUUUGAGACGGAGGACGGCGAGGUGAUUGAUGUUCAGCCGGCUCCCCGCGCCAGCCAUGAUAGCCGCGAUGAACUUCCACCACCUACCACAGCUAGUGCGUCCAAGGUCGAUGGUGAAAGUUUCUGGUCGAUUGGAGGUUUCCGCAGGAAGAUGAGCGAGGUGUACACUGUUGAGAUGGAAAAGCGCAAGGACAAGGGCAAGUCUGAGAGGAAGCACGAGCCGGCCCGAGCAUAUCAAUUCGGUAACACGAUUAUUGUUGAGGAUGAGGACGGUGAGGUCGUGAAGACCUACGAGUUGCCCACGCAGAAGGCCGAGGGUGCGAAUGAAGGUGGUAGCGAUCUCCUUGGAACUAGCCUAAAGUAUAUGGGAUUGGGCAGUUUGGCCCGUCCCGUCGCCGACAAAGUCCCCGAGGCGAUUGCCGAGGAGGGUGAAGCAAGCGGUACUGGCGCUGCCAAACCCACUAGGGCAGCCAGACGGCAGAGCGUCGCCCAGGAGCAGGCUGUGGAUGACCGGAAUAUUCGCUUUACGAUUGGUGGUGUUAACCAACGCAUGACCAAGGAGGACUUUAUCCGCGAGGUGCAAAAGCUCAAUGCGAAGACACGAAAAGAGGUUGUUGAGCAGUCAACUGCCUCAAUGACGGUCAAGCGGAUUGCUACACAAGACCCGCCUGCCGCCCAAAGCCCUACAGCCAAGAUCAUCGAGGAGCCCGAGACCGCAUGGGUCGGUAGAUCGCCACAUCGCCCUACCACCGCGCGUAGCUCCGAGUCCAUUUCCCCCACCCGCACCCCCGGCAAGACGAAGCCUUCGGAGGACCAGGGCGAGACUGCCGUGGAGCGCAAGCGUCGUCUUGCAGUUCUGGCAACCCAAACUGAGGAGACUGUUGAAACGCCUGCAGAGCGAAAGCGUCGCCAGGCUGCGCUCGGCAUGGGCGAGGAGAGUGCUGAUGACAGUGAUGAUGAGGGCGAUGAGAGAGUGCCCCCGACCAACAGGAGGGGAAUCACAUUUGCGGAGUCGACACGACCAAGCAAGGGAACUAAGGGAAAGGGGGCUAAGUAG